UCUGCGCUCCACAUCUUCGGCCUCACUUCGGAGAUCGAUGCGUCCGUAUCGGACAACGCGCUGGAAAUCCCCAAUCUUUCAUCACAGGUGGAGACGAACCUCACGCAGAAGUUUCGUAGCAGGAUCAAGCCAGUUCGAUUCGGGUCUGCGUUCGGCUGCCGGCGGCUUGAGGACCACCAGCACGGCGACUGCAGGGUUUGCUUGGCCAGAUUCGAGCCGGAGUCGGUGGUGAAUCGGCUCCCCUGCGGUCAUCUGUUCCAUCAGAGCUGCGUGGAGCGGUGGAUCGAAUACAGAAACAACACCUGUCCUCUCUGCCGCUCCCACCUUCUUCCUGCAGACAAUUUAGGGCAGCAGAACUCAGUGUUUGUCAGUGGGGCGCGCCCUCAGCUGUAGGGAUAUUGUACAGGGGAAGGUGAGUUGGGUUUUAAGUGGGGCUUAGAGAAGGGUAAUGGAGUGAUGGCGCUGCUUAUGUUAUCCCUCGCUCUUCUUUUUCUUCUUCGCUGUGUAUAUUGGGAUUGCUUUUGUGAAUCUGUUGCUGAUAAUGCCUGAAUCUGUUGUUUGUUUUCUCGAUUUA